AUGUCUUCCUUUAAAGCCUACGGCAAAGUCGAUGAAGCCGAACAAGCAAAGCUUGAAGCUGCUCAGAAGACCCGGAAGAGAAUCACCAUCAUAAGCUUAUCAUCCAUAAUCCUUGUUGCAAUUGUAGUUGCUGCUGUAGUUGGAACUCGUAAUAGUUCUGGUUCCAACAAAGGUAGUGAUGCACAACCUCUUUCCACCUCUGUAAAAGCUGUUUGCGAUGUAACAUUGCACCCGGAUUCAUGCUUUGCUAGCCUUUCUCCUUUAUCUAACUCCACGAACAUUCAACCUUUGGAUGUCUUCAAGUUGGCAAUACAAGUGGCUAUGAAUGAAGUGUCAAAUGCUGCUCUGAAAUUAUCUGAGCCCGGAUUUCUCAAUGGUUUCAAUGACAACAUGACCAUCAUAGCUAUGGAAAAUUGUCAGGAACUUUUGAGUCUUGCUUUGGAUGAUCUCAAUAGCACAUUGUAUGCUGGUUCUGACUCAUUUCUUCAAGUCAUCGAUGAUCUCAUAACGUGGCUAAGUUCUGCAGGUACUUGCCAACAGGCCUGCAUAGAUGGCUUUGAGAAUGCCAAUCAAACAUCAAUACAGACUACUAUUGCCGAUCACCUGAAGAAUUCUACUGAAUUAACUAGCAACAGCCUUGCUAUCACCACAUGGCUUUCUAACAUUUUGGGUUCGGUGAAGCUAAGGCGACUUAUGAGUUACCCUGAGAACCAAGAAGAGCCAGAGUGGUUGCAUCCAAAUGAUAGGAAGCUACUUCAAAGUCCAGAUUUGAGGUACCGGGCCAACAUAGUUGUGGGGAAAGAUGCAUCUUGUAAAUACAAAAAAAUUACUGAUGCACUCAAGCAAGUUCCCAAAAAAAGUGACAAGAGGUUUGUGAUCUACGUGAAGAAAGGAGUUUAUUAUGAAAAUGUGCUGGUUGACAAGAACAUGUGGAACGUUGUGAUGGUUGGUGAUGGAAGUACUGCAACAAUUGUAUCUGGUAAUCUAAACUUUGUGGACGGGACUCCUACGUUUGCAACUGCAACAUUUGCUGUAUACGGGAAGGGCUUCGUUGCUCGAGAUAUGGGAUUCCGAAACAAUGCAGGUGCAAUCAAGCAUCAAGCAGUGGCCCUCAUGUCAAAGUCAGACCUAUCAAUCUUUUACCGGUGUCACAUUGAUGCAUUUCAAGACACCCUUUAUGCACAUUCCAACCGACAGUUCUACCGCGAAUGCAACAUUUAUGGAACAGUUGAUUUCAUCUUUGGGAAUUCUGCAGCUGUGCUUCAAAAGUGCAACAUAUUUGCUAAGGUUCCAAUACCAGGCCAGCAGAACACUAUCACAGCUCAAGGUAAGUUGGACCCAAAUCAGAAUACUGGAAUCUCAAUACAAGGUUGCACCAUAUCUCCUUUCGGGAACUUGAGUUCAGUCCAGACAUACCUUGGACGUCCAUGGAAGAAUUAUUCAACAACAGUGUUCCUCCAAAACAGUCUAGGGAGCUUAAUCAACCCCAAUGGAUGGUUACCAUGGGUAGGCACAUCAGCCCCAAGCACCAUAUUUUACUCUGAAUACCAAAAUUAUGGACCUGGUUCUUCCACAAAGAAUAGAGUCAAAUGGAAGGGAGUGAAAACCAUUAAUCUUCAAGUAGCAAGCAAAUUUACAGUGAAUAAAUUCAUCCAAGGGAACAAGUGGAUAUCUGCCUCAGGUGCACCCUACCAUCCUGGCCUCUGAACGUGAUAAAUUUC